AUGCCCACUCAAGCUGCACAGAACAUCAUGCUGGCAAUUACUGUUAUGCCGCGUUUAGUCAAGCCUCUACCUUACAAGACGAAGAUAGCCAAUGCGUUCUUUAUUCUACGGGGUGUCGUAUUGGUUCUUCAUCAACAAGAUGCAUUCGACAAACCAGGAGAUUUCUUGUCAAGAAUGGCGCAUCGUCAAAUGAGCGAACUCGUUAGAUCUGCCCCCAAAAUACAGUCUCGGGACAUAGUGGCACUACCACUCCGGAAAAGGGACGUUGGCAGCAUUUGCUUCUGGAAUUGGUGGCACACUGACCGUCUGUGGCGACUAGUCGACGACAUCUUUCCUCGCAAUCGACAUAAUCCCGUCUUCUGGUGGCUAGGCCCCCGAGGAAAAAUCCUUGGAUGCCGAUCUGUUCCCGGCUCGACUACCGGUUCAGAACACUGGAUCGACAUUAGAUCAGAAGCAUCGUUGCCAGCGGGAAGAUUGACGUUCACGAUUCUUUCUCAGCCAGUGCAAAUGGCCAUUGUCUGGGAAUACGAGCCUAAGUGCGCCGACAAUGCCGGCCUAGGUUGGGUGAACUUCGAGGGAGAUUUAAUGGCAACAUACGCUUCGCUCACCUCAGCGGCCCAUGAAGGACGCACCAGCAAGACGGUAAUGGACUAUUGUAGCAUCAAAGCACCUCCAUGCACGGCACUAGCUGCGCAAAUUAGAAACGAAGAGGACAUUCCAAUCGUCUACGUACACUGA